AUGCUCAAAGCCUCCAUUGAAGUGAAUAGUUCAGGCAGUCCGGGAAUCAAUGGAAUCUCAGGAUUCAGCGGGUCCAGUGGCCAUUCUGGAUCUAGUGGUUCAAGUGGUUCUCAUGGUGGAUAUGGAGGUGGUCGUGGUGGAAAUGGUUCCAAUGGUCAUCGUGGUGGUAAUGGUACUCAUGGUACCAAUGGUUCACGUGGUACUCAUGGUGGACAUGCAAGUGAUAUCCGAGUAUUAAUUGAUGGAAUGGAUCAUCAUUCAGUAGUCAUUAGUGGAACUGUGAAUGAAACAUUAUGUAUUCCAGAUGGAUCUGUGAAAGCAAUGAGAUUUUAUGCAAAUGGUGGAAAUGGUGGACAUGGAGGUGAUGGUGGAAGAGGUGGAGAUGGUGGUUCAGGAGGUUGGGGUGGUAGUGGUGGUUCAGGAGGAAGUGGUCGUUCAGGAAGUAGUGGACAAGAUGGAGGAGAUGGUGGAGAUGGUGGAGAUGGAGGAGAUGGUGGAGAUGGUGGAGAUGGAGCAGAUGCUGGAGAUGGAGGAAAUGGUGGUCAUAUUAUUAUUGAAACUCAUAAUCCAGCUCUAUUGAAAUUUGUUCAUGCUGAAUGCUAUGCUGGAAGAGCUGGAAGUGGUGGUUCAGCUGGAAGUGGUGGAUGUGGUGGUUCUGGAGGAAGUGGUGGAAGUGGUGGUUCAGGUGGAAGUGGUGGUAAUGCUGGAUCUAAAUUAGAACAUCAAUCUCAUUCACCUCAUAGUGGUAAAUCAGGAAAAUGUGGACAUUCAGGACAUCGAGGUAAUAGUGGUAAUUGUGGACGUGAUGGUCGAAGAGGUAUGGAUGGUCGAUCAGGACAACCAGGUUCACUUCUCUUUCGAGUAUUAGAUCCAAUCACCAACAUGAUCAUUGAUCAAGGUUCUUCUCUCUUUGAUUUGGCUGUCACUUCCUUUCAAUUAUUUGCUGUUGAAGAUGAUGGUAUUUUUGAACCAGGUGAAAGUGUCUUUAUUUCCAAUGUGACUGUUACUAAUACAGGUGGAAUGAUUUUACCACCUGGUACAAUGAUACAAUUUCCAACUCUGAACAAUUCUUCAAAACAUCCCUUUUUCUCUUCAAAUAUGAUCUAUGCCAUUCCACAACCCAUUCUACCAGGUGGAAUCUUUCAAAUACCUUUUCAAUUUUAUGGAACUAUUGGAGAUGUAGCACCACCCAAUGUCAAUGGACCAUUCAGUGCAGUGAUGGCCAUUCAAUCAAGUGCUUCACUUUUAACUUCACCUUUUGAUCAAGGAUUUCUUUUAAAUAAUUACAACGUGACCUAUCCAAUCAAAAUUGCACCUCUUACUCAACCUUCUCAAUUAGGAAGAUGUGAAAAGGGUACAGUGACUGUUCAUUUUCAUAACAUUUCAACCAUCAUUUAUGGAAGUCAAUCCAUGAAUUCAGAAAGACAACAUUUGAGUUUUGUAAUUUCAUUUGAUCCAAGAUUUACUGUUCAUAAUGAACCUAAUUUGAAUGGAGUGAAUGCCAUUGAAGAAGAUAUUCCAUUGAUUCAUCCUAGUAUGACCUAUUCGAGAAGUUUCCAAAUUGAGUUAAAUGAUUUGGCACAAUUCUUUGAAACAGUUCCAUUUAAAGUGAGUUUGAAAUUGAGAGGAAAGAUUAUUGAAAAUAUGGAAAGUUCAAUUCGAUUGACUCCAAAUUAUUAUCCAACCAGUCCAACACAAAAUCAUUAUGAUGUCUUGUUAUUUACAGACAAACAAAUUGUAAGACAAGAAUUCUUGUCAUAUAUGAAAAUUUUAGAAGGAUUAGGUCUCAGUGUGAACAUUUGGGAUUGUGAACGAUAUGGUGGACUUUCAUUUAUUAAAAAUCCACCACCCAUGAUGCCAUUGGCCAUUGAUCCAGCUCUCACUGUUCCUGUGAUUGGUUCAAUGAAUCCCAAUAUGAAUGCACCUUCCAUGAUGAUGACUACCACUCAUACUGGUGGUGAUGUUACUAUGAAUACGAUCACUAGCACUAAUAUCAGCACUCAUAUUACCACCACCCAUCCAAAUUCAAUCCAAAGACAUGCUAUUUCAUGGAUUCAUGGAGGAUAUGAAGGUAAAAUUCUCAUCUAUCCCAUGUUAAAUCAAGGUGAUGAAAAUAAUCUUCUCUCUGAAGACUUGUUUCAAAUAUUGAGAGGAGUGUCAUGGAAUAGUUCCAUUGAUUCAAAUCCCAAUGCAAAUAGCACUGCACUUCCUCCUUCUACAUUGGGUGCAUUUAUAUUCAUUGGAAAUGUCGAUGGAAGUAAAUUUAGAAGUCGACUUUUCAAACCAGUUCCAUCCAAACCAAUUCCAGAACAAGAAUUAAGAGAAGUAUUUCUCAUAAGUACACCCAAUGAGAGAGAUUUAGAAAGAAAAUGUAAUGAAUAUUUUGAAAAGGUACUUCAUAAGGUGACACCUUCAAGACAUUAUUCAUCAUGUGCUUUGAAAUUUAAUCCUAAAAAGAGUGGAGUAUUUUCAAAGACUAGUCUUGGAAGUGCAAAAUAUAAGGAAUUGCCAGUGACAGCCACAGAUUGUUGUUUUUCAUUGAAUACUUCUUCUGGAAAUUCACAAAAUUUCAUGGUUGCUGAUUCUCAAAACAAUUUAGCAACAAAUCAAUUUUUAGUGAGUUCUAAUUUUGGAAGAUUAUUGAAUACUGUCAUAUUUUCUCUUCCACUUGAAAGGAGAUUACUUUUAUUGAAGAAACCAACGGAAUGGCUCUCACAAGUGAAGCUUGUUGAAGAGAAUGGAGAAGUAUCCAAUUAUGUAAAAGCAAUUUUAUGGUCUCUCUAUUAUAAUAUUUAUGAAGAAAUUUUAUUUAGAGAUGAAAUUGGAAGAUUUACCUCAAUCAUUAAGAAUGAUUUUGAAAAUCAUGUGGCUGAAUAUCAAGCUCAUCCUGAACGUGUCAAAUUGAGUGAGAAUUUGUAUCUCAUGUUGGCAUCACUUCGUAAAAUGCUAAAAUGGAAGGGAAUGUUGUUAUCCAAGACGAAGGAGAACAAACGAAAUUUUGAACAAUUUGCAGAUGCAAUGGAAAAGAUUAUAUUCACCAAACUCAUUACGGAUACCACUCAUGUGGAGAAUCUCAAAAAGGAAACCAAACAAAAAUUGAAAGUAUUGCCAGAAACAUAUUUUUCAUUCCAUAUGAAAUUCAUGCAACGAUUGCUAAUGUCUCAUUACCAGAAUGAAUUAGAAAAGGAUUUGUCGAGUGGAUUAUUUGGAAGUGUUGCAAAGAAUUUCCAUUCUGUAUCCGAUGGUAAUUCGAACUUUUUGGAUUAUUGGUAA